UUUCAAAAUGGCGGCUGUUUCAAAAGUUGAGUACCUCAAACGUUAUAUGUCGAAUACAGCUGAAGAAGAAAAGAAAAAGAAGCGGAAAAAGAAACCUAAAGUWCCUCAAAAGCUUGCUCGUUCAGUUAUAGUUGACGAUGACGUCCACUGGASUGAUUUAACACCAAAAGGAGAUGAAGCGAAGGCGAAAGAAACAGAAUUCGACGACGCUGGGGACGAAGCUCCUGUGUUAUACGAUGAAGACGGCGUGGAAGCGAUCAGUAUUGAUCGUUUUAAGCAGCGAGAAGAUGACUUGAAAUCAAAAUGGGCGCCUAUUAAUGUUGAAACAUCAAAAGGAAACGAAACUAGUGAUUUUGAAAGGGAUCAUUUGUCACGUGAUUCAUAUUCUGUGAAAGGGGCAAACGUACCAGAUAGUUCCCCUCCUAGAAAAAGGAGGGCUGAUACACCUGAUGCUUCUCCUCCCAGAGGAAGGAGGGCUGAUACACCUGAUGCUUCCCCUCCCAGAAGAAGGAGGGCUGAUACACCUGAUGCUUCCCCUCCCAGAAGAAGGAGGGUUGAUACAGCUGAUGCUUCUCCUCCCAGAGGAAGGAGGGCUGAUACACCUGAUGUGUCCCCUCCAAGAAGAAGGAGGACUGAUACACCUGAUAGGCCAGAUAACCCCAAUAAUUCUUUUUUUUUAAGAAUAGACAUCAAGUCUAAAAGACAACAUACAGAUUCAUCUUUACAAGAUAGAAAAGCAGGUCUUCUGUCAGCGGAAGACUUGAAAUUUUUUUUUGAAUUAACACGUAAGCGUGAAGCUGAAUUAUUUGCAAAUAUGGACUCUAAAAUUUUUUUUAAAGGAGCCAAAACAGUUCAUCGUGACAAGUCUGGAAGAAAAAGAGAUCUUGAUUUUUUUUAACAGAAAAGGAGAGAAGAAGAGAAAAUGAAAGCUAAAGAUGAUGAAAAAUUCUUUUUUUUGGGAAGAGGUGUGGCACAAACCAAAGCAGCAAAAGACUUUUUUUUAGAUUUUCUUCAUGAAUCCAGUAAACCUCUAGCAAGAUACAAAGACGACAAGGAUUUGGAUGCAAUGCUCAAAGACCAAGAAAGAGAAGAUGAUCCUAUGUUAGCUUACAUGCAUUUUUUUUAAGCAACUGGGAACAAAAAAGCUGGCGUAAAAGCUAAACCUACAUACAAAGGACCAGCUCCACAACCAAAUAGAUUCGGUAUUCAGCCUGGUUACCGUUGGGAUGGUGUUGAUCGUUCAAAUGGAUUCGAAAAGAAACGGUUUGCAAUGCUUGCUAACAAGAAGGCUGUAGAUAGUAUUGCUCAUAAAUGGAGCAUUGAAGAUAUGUAGACCUUCCUUUAAGUAUAUUUUAUAAUCUUGGUUCUGAAUGUAGAAUAAUGUAAAUAUAAUUGCUGUUUUUUUUUUAUUGAAGCGAAAUAUUUCUUUAUUUACACACUUAUUCAAUA